GUGAUUGCCGAAUAUGAGCGAGCCGUAAUCUUCCGAUUGGGACGCAUACUUCCCGGAGGGGCUCGGGGCCCUGGUCUGUUUUUCAUUGUUCCCUGCAUGGAUCGAGUUCGCAAAGUUGAUCUCCGUACCGUGACCUUUGACGUACCGCCACAAGAGGUACUGACACGUGACUCGGUGACGGUGGCUGUUGAUGCGGUGGUUUACUACAGGAUUUACAAUCCCGUCGUGUCCAUUACAAAUGUUGAAGAUGCAGAUCGCUCAACCAGGCUUUUGGCCGCCACCACACUACGUAAUGUGCUUGGUACGAAGAACUUGUCGGAAAUUUUGUCCGAACGAGAUACAAUUUCAAGCAUGAUGCAGACUAUGCUUGACGAAGCAACGGAUCCCUGGGGAGUUAAAGUGGAGCGCGUUGAGGUGAAAGAUGUGCGUCUGCCUGUACAAUUGCAGCGCGCUAUGGCAGCCGAGGCCGAAGCAGCCCGCGAAGCGCGAGCAAAGGUGAUUGCGGCCGAGGGAGAAUGGAAGGCUUCAAGGGCUCUUAAAGAAGCUGCUGACGUUAUUACUGAAUCUCCAUUUGCUGUGCAGUUACGAUAUCUACAGACCCUGAGCACAAUUUCAGCGGAGAAGAAUUCAACCAUUAUUUUUCCACUUCCAGUGGACUUGGUCACACACUUCAUGCAUAACAACAAUCACGGGUCAAGCUCAACUAGCAGAAACCGCAACACUCCCACCACAGCUUCAAGCAAUCCACCACCACCUACAGAUCAAAGGACGAUGGCACAUGGACAAAGUGAGGAAUAUGGUGGUACUGAAACGGCAGCGCAGUUUGCCGUUUAGUUUCCUUCAAAUAUGAUGCUUUUCAGACAAAACCACACAUUCGUUAAACCAUGCUAGUCAAGUUGCCGAGAUUCUACUGUACAUAGUUUGUUUUUCUCCUGGAUUCUUUCCAAACGUUUAAAUUAUGAGGACGCAAUUUCCAGUACAAAGAAUUCCCAGGCUUGGUUUUCUGUGGUGAAAACCGAAAGGCGCGUAAGACCGGUCCGCGGAUUUGUCAAACAUCUCUGUAAGACUGUAUGCUUAAGAUUGAAGAACUAUUGUGUGUAUUUAUAUGUGGGACAUUCUUUUUAUUACUCCACAUCACUUUUAGUGUUCAACAGUUUUCACUCUGAAUCUUCACACGUACUUUAUGUUGUGUAAUACUCAGAUGAAAAUUACCGUGUUCCAUGUAGGUGAAAUCUUUUCUUGCCUCUCUAGUAAGUAAUGUAACUGUAUUAAUUUGUGGCUUUCUUUGAGCUUUGCUCUGUCUGUUUGCCGACACUGAAUUAAGCAAUAAAAUUUUUCCUGUGGCU